AUGGCUACGCCUAAGACCAAGCAUGACUGGGCCGACGAUGAAGACGUCGAGGAGACGUCGACUGAGCUUCCCGCGCCCCAGACCAUCAGCAACAAGGACGGAACCAAGACCAUCAUUACUUUCCGCUACAAUGACCAGGGCAAGAAGGUCAAGAUGACCCGCCGCAUCCGCUACACGACUCACACAGAGAAAGUGAACCCGCGCGUCGCCGAGCGCAAGACGUGGUCCAAGUUCGGCCUCAGUGCCAAGGACCCCGCGGGCCCGGCCCCGGACACGACCUCGGUCGGCGAGAACAUCAUUUUCCGCCCCAGCACGAACUGGCGCAAGGACGAGAAGGAGCAGGGCGAGGACGCCGGUGCCCAGGCCCUCAAGGACAAGCUCAAGGACAAGCAGGUCAAGUGCCGUAUCUGCAACGGCGAGCAUUUCACUGCCCGCUGUCCCUACAAGGACACCAUGGCUCCCGUCGGUGGGGACGCCGCCGACGUCGCCGCAGGCAUGCCCGACGAGCCGGGCGCGGGCGGCGCUGCGGCAGCAGGCCCUGGCGCCAAGAAGGGCAGCUACGUCCCGCCGGCACUCAGAGCCGGUGCGGCCGGCGGCGCCUCUGCGGGAGACAGGAUGGGUGGCAGCAAGUACGGCGAGCGGGACGAUCUCGCGACGCUGCGUGUCACCAACGUCUCGGAGAUGGCGGAGGAACAGGAACUUCGCGACAUGUUCGAGCGCUUCGGCCGCGUCACACGUGUGUUCCUUGCCAAGGACAGGGAAACGGGUCUGGCAAAGGGCUUCGCAUUCAUCAGCUUUGCGGAUCGGGGCGACGCCGUCAAGGCUGCUGCCAAGAUGGACGGCUUUGGUUUCAAGCACUUGAUCUUGAGAGUCGAGUUCGCCAAGAAGGCGGCCUGA